AUGCUCUUCCACAGCCUGGCCGGCUCAGAAAUGCACGGCGUCAUCGACGAGAUGGACCGGCGAGCCAAAGGCGACACGCCCGCCAUCAGCUCCGCCAUCGACCGCGGCGAGACUGAAACGGUAGGGCCGCCGAGAAGGAGACCCCGCUCUCCGCUGCUCCGGGGAUGGGCAGGCGCCCGUGGCUUCCCUCUGGUUCACCCAGGAAGGCCCAGAUCCCAAUGUUUGGGGAAAGUGAGGGCAAGGGAACCCCAGAUUUGCCCAACGGCCGAGCAAUUAUAUAUAUAAAUUACAUAUAUAAUUGCAUCCAUUUUUAUAUAUGCAUUCAUUUAAAUAAGAAUAAUAUAUGCAUUCAUUUAAAUAAUAACAAUCCCCUUGCAAUGGAGGGAACCGAAUCGGGGAAAUCGGGGGAACAGUGAUCCUGCCAAGGCGGUUCACUCUGGUGCUGAGGAAAAGCGCAGCAGCUUUUCUGGGAAAGAUCCUGCGUUUCAGGGGUUCGGAGUAGCUAACAAUAAGGGGUGAACAAGUGAAUAAAUAAAAUGCAUUCGUUUAAGAAAUAAUUUUAAGAGGGGGAGUGGCUUUGGCUGAUAAAUAAAAUUCUUUUUUUUUCUUUCAUUUUUUUGGCUUACUAAAAUUAUGUUUCUUCCUUCCUUUUUCUUUCUUUCCUUCUGUCUUUCUGAUUCCCCAUUUAAAACAAAAAAAGGUAAAGUCAGUAAUAUCUCUAUAUAGUUAUCUAUUUAUAAAAAAGAACAAUAUAUAAAAAUAGAUUAAAUUCAUUCUCGUUGCGCACAAGAUAUUCAAAGUGACAAAGGCCUUUAUUUUAUUUUUUUUAAUGGGGCGGAAAUUAGACCGUUUUUUAGUUUAUCCUGUUUUUUAGUUUAAAACAAACUGACCAUUCAGCAAAGUGCUUUCCUCUCACCCGUUCGGUGCCUUCCUUCUUUCGCCCACUGUCGCGAGGGUGGGGAGCCAGAGGCGCUGGGAGCCUCCGGUGGGCCGACGGCUCUGAACCCUUCUCGGUUCGAGGCUGGCACUUCCACGCUCAGGCCUGGGAAAGAAUAAAUAAAUACUUGUACCUAUUUUAUGUGUUUUAUUUUAUUUUGGGAUUUUAUUGAAAAUGGAGAGGAACCGAUUUAUAUUAAUCAGAACAUGACAUUUGCAGUCGCCUUUUUAGUCACUGUAUCCUCCCGGUUUGAUUUCGGAUAUUUUUGGAAUUUGCGAAGCGGAAAAGAAAUAGAGCGGGAAUUAUUACUUUGCUUUAUUAUUAUUUUUUUAAAAAUCGGGUUUCUUUUUUUGUUUUCUUUUUGGGUGUUGGUCUCCGUUUUGCUCUUUAAAAAUGCUUUUCUUCAAAGGUGGAACGGAUAACUCAGAAAUUGGAUAAAUUAGCCGUCGGGUGUCCUGAUGCCCGAAAUUCUGGGGUUGCUUAAGAGGGGCGGUUUUAAAAGAAUUCCCGAUGCCUCGGCCCCCGUUUUCCCGUCUCUUCUCAUUUUUACGCAUUAGUUUAAGGAACUAAAGGACUCCACAAAGACAACAACCCACCUGGGUUCAAUUUGUAAUUUGUAAUUUUUUUGGGGGGGGGAAACAUGAAACAAAACUUCGGACAUUUGUUUGUUUUGUAACAAGCGCAAGAAGGCGAGGACUGGGCAUUUGAACACGCAUUUCGUUCAUUCGUUUGACUUAAAGAGGGAUAGGGAAGGAGACGCGGACUUAGGCAGCAAUCCUAUUCCUUCUGGAGAGGAAGCCCGCUUCAGCUCGCUUGGACUUACUUCCUAGUAGGCACGCAAAGGAUCGCGCCACAUGUCGCAUCGAAAUGCUUUGCGCCUUAAGCCCAGGGUUGAAAAUUCUGCGCAUGUUUACUCUGAAGGAAGUCGCACUGAGCUCAGUGGGGUUUACUCCCAAGCAAGCGCAGGUCAGCUGGCAGCCCGAAGCGGCUGAGGAUCUAAGUACUUUCAGGAAGACUUGGGUGUGUUUUGUGCAAAAGCGGCUUUCGAAACUACCUUUUCUUUUUCCUUUCCCCUUCCUUUAAAACAGUCCGAGAUUUGUUUACUACUAAUUUUUAUUUAUUCUUUUCGUAAGUAAUGUAAUGCAAUUUAAAAUCACUGCUUGUUUAUGUUUCAUUCUGCAAGGAUUUAAGAUCGGGCUGCGAUGUCCGUCGAUUACGUUUCCUUUUAAACCCUCAGAUUUUUAUUUUCUUCCAGUUUCGCAGCCAAACCUCUUCUGCUCUGCAGCCCUGCCCUCCCCCGCCGGCCUUAGCGUUGCGUUGCUUCUCUUCUCCCCGCCGUCCCGCAUUUCGCACCCCUCCCUCGGUGUGGCACAAUCCAGAUUGAGAGCGGGAGAAAGGACGGGUUCAACGGUCGCUUCCUUCUCACUAAUCCCUUCUUUCCCUCCUUCCCUCUCUCCCAGGGGCCGUUUUGGUGGGCCUGGACUGAGGUGCGGCUUCAUUCUAGGCGUGUGGGGUGGGGGGGAAGAGAAGCGCUUUUUCUCUUAGCUCUUUGGCUUCGCAGUUUCUCUCUCUCCCCCCCACCGCCCCCCACCCAGCCUGGGCUUCUGGUCUGGGCAGCUCCCGCGGGCCAGGCCCCCAAGAGCGCUUCCUUUGGGCGAGUGGGCGGGAGCGGUGCUUUUUGUGGCUGACAACUCCCCCAUCCCCUCCUGUCUCUUCCCAUCCCGGGGUGGGACCCCCUGUCCCCGGCCCUUGCUUCAACAAGGAAGGGGAGACGAACUCGAGAAAGGCCUGGGGGCUGAACUCCGCGCCCGGGCCUCCUCGGCGUCCGGCUCCCUAAUCAGCGCGCCUCUUGUCUGUCUGCUCCCUCCCUCCGCAGCACGCCAUGCCCUCCAUCAGCAGCGAGAGGGCCGCCUUGUGCGCGGGCUGCGGGGGGAAGAUUUCGGACCGCUACUACCUCCUGGCGGUGGACAAGCAAUGGCACAUGCGCUGCCUCAAAUGCUGCGAGUGUAAACUCAACCUGGAGUCGGAGCUCACCUGCUUCAGUAAAGACGGCAGCAUCUACUGCAAGGAGGACUACUACAGGUAAAGCCCCCGGGCGGAGGGGGAGGGCAGGGCAGGCAGGGCAGGCCCGGCCGGGGACCGCUGCGACUUUCAGUCUACCACCACCACAACUAGCCACGAUGGCUACUAGCCACGAAGGCUAAGCGGCGCCUGUGCCUCCACAGCCGUGCCAGUAAAUGCUUUUGAACGCCAGUUACUGGAAAAGGCAGGAGUCCGAACCUGCUUGCGGGUUUUGCAGAAGAGGCAUCUGGUCCGGGACUGUGAGAUUAGGAUGCUGAACUAGACGCCCCACCGGCCUGAUCCAGCAGUCCGCUCUUACUGUGUUCUUAGGUUCACUGCCCCGAAUGUAGCCGGAUUUGGCAAUCUCUCAUUUGGAGAGACGUGUCAUGGCCUGAGCUCAGACCUCCAUUCAAUGGAGAAAGAGGCCCAGCCCCCCUGAAUCUCACAGAAAGUACCCACGGCCUCCUGCCUAAAUAUGGGGAGGAGGAGGAGGCAUGGGGGCGGCGGCUGCCAGGCUAGAGAGUGCUUAGGCCGGGUCGAGGCCCGCUUAAUUCGGGCAUCCUGGAUGGUUGCCGCGAGUAUUGCGUUUCUGUGGUAGAGCACUCCAAUGGGGCCUCAUCCAUAAUAAGUUUGGGCUGGUCAAAAUCUAAGCGGGCAUUCAAGCAAAGCCCUUCACCACUCGCCUCUUCCUUCCGCUCACUGGAUCCCAUGGCUUUGGGGCCUGCCUGACUUUCCAUAGAGAUGCCCCCCUCCAAAAAAGAAAAAAAACCCGUGGAAAAUAACUUGUAGGAAGAGAGGGGAGGGGUGAAGUGUGCGUGACCGCUGGAACUCCCGGGAAGUUUGGGGUUGACGCCGCUUGCUUCAGUUGCUCAAUAGUUUCUCAGCGCACUUUGCGAUUGUAAGCUCCUCGCGAGAAGGGACCUUAUAGUUCUGUCCAUGUGCCCUAUAUAUGUUAAAGAUAGCAGGGACCCUCUCCACCGCGCUCCUGAGCCUCUCUCUUUCUGGACCUCCCUGCAGGAGAUUCUCGGUCCAGCGCUGCGCCCGUUGUCACUUGGGCAUCUCUGCCUCCGAGAUGGUGAUGCGCGCCCGGGAAUCGGUUUACCACUUGAACUGUUUCACCUGCUCGACGUGCGCCAAAAUGUUGACCACGGGCGACCACUUCGGCAUGAAGGACAACCUGGUCUACUGCCGGCUGCACUUCGAGGCGCUGCUCCAGGGCGAGUACCAGCUGCACUUCAGCCACGGCGAGGGCGCCGCCGGCAAAGGCCCAGCUCUGGGCGCCGCCGCCACUCUCGGCCUGCCCUACUACAACGGCGUGGGUACCGUGCAGAAGGGACGGCCGAGGAAGAGGAAGAGCCCCGGGCCCGGCGCUGACUUGGCCGCCUACAACGCAGGUAAAGGGAGCGGGCGGUGGCGGGAGGCUCGACGGGGCGGUCGGAGCUGGGGGUGCUGAGCGGUGCCUUUUUAGAAUGCGCGUGCUUGGAGGGGGGAAAUCGGGGCGCCUUGGAGCCCCUCUGGUUGUGCUAUGGAGGGGGUUGAGUGGGGCGCGCUGCCGGGUGCGUGACUGCUCAGCUUUUGCAGUGGCUGGAUGAAGCCCAGUUGCGCCGUUUUUGCGCCGAACGGGGAAGGGCGUGGGGCAUCCCAACCCGAAACCGGAGGCGCGGAAAAUGGUUCAGGGAAGGGGCGCGACUUCGGAGUAGGGGAAAAAGCAGCUGCGGGGAGCCACUUCGGAUUGGCUGGCAGAGUAAAAGGCAUGAUGCCAAAGGAUGGGCUCAGAAUGUUGGAUUAAUUUUUCUUUUUCUGGGGGGGGGGGUGUUGUAAAGCAGAGGGGGCUGCUUAUGAAACGCUGGUGCUGCAAAACAAGCUUUUCGCGCGCUCUGAGCUGUUUGAACCCGGGACUUUUCUCCGCGCCUGAAAAUCUCUUGUAUCUGGCAGAGCAAAUAUGAGAGGUUGGGGGGGGGGGAGCAGGGUGGAACCUCCUAAAAUGAGUUGCUGGCAUCCCUGGGGGAAAAGGCUUCGCUUCCUUCUUCCUCUACAAACGAGACCCCGAGACCUGCGUUCCUUCAGAGAAUGGUAGUUUCCGCGAAGGCGCUUCCUCCUUUUCCAGCCGCCGCUAAACUUCGAAAUGUUUCUUGAGCUCCUUUUAAGCGACGGGACCAGAAAUAACGCGGAGAGGGGUUGCUGGAGCGGGGAAAGGCUGCGAUCCGAAGUAUUGGUACGCUAAAGCGGUAGCAGGGAGAAUUUAGAAAGCUGUUUCGUUUUGGUUUAAAUUUCCUUAUAUAACGUGAACAAAAAACCCCGAACCUAAUGGAGUUUCUUUCUGAAAAGGCCAUCACACCUACCCAAAAGAAAUGACUUGCAUUAUCACUUUCGUUUUAAAAGAAAAUUCUGAUUUAACAGUUUUCCUCCAUUGUUACUAUUGUUAUUAUAUUUUAUAAAUAUAACAAUAUUAUUAUUCGCCAAAAUAUUGGGAACGCCUCAUCUCCCCAAUGCGCCGAACUUGGUAUUUUUGAACCUAAAUUACCCAGCAAACUGGAGCUUCUUCCGGCGGGUCUCUUGCGGCCUUUGCCUCUCCUUCCCAGCGUGGGGGCGGCGGCGGCGGCGGCGGGACCUGCGGCUCUGGUCCUGGAGACGCGAUGGGCUGUGACAAGUGGAAAGCGGCUUAGAAAGGCGUCCGGGACUUCAAAAACAGCCCCCUCCUAACCCUUUCUCGGCGGCAGCCUCCCCCCUCCCCCAGCUGUUACACGAGGGCGCUUUGUGGUCCCGAGUUCACCCUUCCGUGCAAAAAUAUGUGUUUAAGGGAGAAGGGGGAUAUUUUGUGUGCGUGCAUGUAUGCGAUAUUUAGAUAUUGAUGAAUGAUAGGUAUUUUAUAUUUCUUUAAUAUUAUAAUGUAUCUGUGAUUGAUUUUUAAUGCGUUGCGAGGGGGAACUUUAGGUAACAAGUGAGGAAGAAACCUAAUGCAUAAUAAUAUGUCUUUAUAAGACAGGGGUUUGUUGGAGAGUGGAAGGGGGCUUGUGGACUGGGGGCUCCACCAGGGCAUGGGUGCAUCUGUGGGUACAAAAGCUGCUUCUUCACUGUCCCUACCCAGAUGUGUAAGGCUUUUAAGGAGGGACUCUUAUUAACCCCUCCCUCUGCACAGACCUUGCCAGGUGAGGUACUGAGUUGAGACUGUAAAUUCCACACCCCCAAUUUCAGGUAGCUGAGAAACUUGUAGUGUGGGAAGAGCUUCCUGCCCAAUGUUCUCUCUUCUGGAAUCUAGAUGUGACAAAGUGUGUGUGUGGGGGGGGGGGGCUGUCCAUAUUCAGAGCUGCUGCUCUCCUGCUUUUUCAGGAGGGGCCUCCUCUGCUGCCCAAGCAGGACCAAUUCCCCCCCCACCUUCCAGGGUUUGAGGGGGGGGGUCUGGGAGCUAGGAUCUUCCCACUCUCUAUUUCCCUUCUUAUAGCCAGUGUGUAAGGUUGGCACCACGCCUUUUUAAAAGUGGGGGGACGUGCCUACUCGGAAGCAAGGCCCAUUAAGCCAAAGGGGUCUUCCUUACAAGUCAGGACAUCAAUCCUUGGUCAAGAGGCUACUUUCUUCUCAGUGGGGGUGGGGCUGGGGCUGCAGGAGGAGAAGUCUGCCAGAAAGGAGGGGGGGUGAACCCAAAGGUGCCUCCAAAAUCUCCUACUUGUCCUGGCACGCCCUUGGCCCUUUCCUAUAAUUCAGGCCCAUGGUAGCAACUGAUCAUUUGCAGUUAGGUUCCUUGCUUAAUUACUUAAUUACUGCUUAAUAGUAACAAAAACCUCUAAGCGGUUCACAAGAAACUUUGAGAAUAUCAAUAAAACACUGUUGCAAACAAGUAAUACAUAUAUAUAUAUAUAUAUAUAUAUAUAUAUAUAUAUAUAAAACCAGGAGUAAAUUAAGGAGAGAUUUAAAUGUAUCAGUAUCUGCAUGUCUGGGUAGGCUUGCCUAAACAAAAAUGUUUUAAUCAGGUGUGUCAACACACUAAUCUGGACAUUCUGUGUCCCACUUUCAGUUAUUGGCAGAAAAUGCAAACUGAGUUGGAUAAAAUAUAUGGGUCUGGAGAAAUGGGCACAAGGGUGAAAAUCCCCCAACCUCCCACCCCUUUGAUGCUGACCCUCCCCCUCCCCUCUCUACUGGAGCCAGUGCAUGUGUUGAUGAUGAUGAUGAUGAUGAUGAGUAGUGUGAGAGAGAUGGGUGUACUUCACAAAGGCCACAUCCCCUUCUCUAGUUCAUAUGGUGUGAACUAGAUAUAUGCACAAUGUGAGCAGCAGGUUGGUUGCUGGGCCCCACUCUCACCUUGCUUUGGCUCUCCCCCCACUACCUGCUUGAGAGCAAGAUACCAGUCUUUCUGGGUCUGACCUCUCCAGAUCCAUCUCAACCCAGCGCCUCGACUUCAGCUGCAGAAAAGCUCAGCAGUGGUGCUAUUUAGUCAUUUGGGACUUUGGAUGCAAUUGUCUUCACUUGAAAAAAAUGUGGCUAGCUAGUCAGGCUGCGUUUGAGCCCCCACUUCCCUUGAGGGGGACCAUGAUGAAACCAUUGUAGCUAGAUGGCUCUCUAGGAUGCUUAGCUGAGGGCCCCCGGGGGGUGUUGUUAGGGGAGGACAUAGGAGGUUGAGGUCCAGUCUUUUGCAUUGGGACCCAUAUUCCACGCCUGCUUUAAGCAAUUUUUGAAAGGACUUUGCUUACAGUGACCUGGCAUGCUUUAAAAUGCAAUGCCUAUGAGAUCCCACCAUCCAACCACUCCCUGUUUGCACAUUUAUCUCCCCUCCAUAAACUUGCUAAAUCUUUGGUUAAAGCCACUGCUCUCUUGCUGGUGGCAGUGAGGCUGUGGGACGUUACAUCAUGGUGGAGCCACCUCUGGGUUGCAAAGGGUGGGUACCACAGCCUCUCAGCCAAGGGAGUUGAGCUGGAGCCAAGCUGCAAGAGCUUUCUGUAUAGGGGUGCAUCAGAGGGGCAACAACACCCACACUUUGGGCUUUCCCGCUAAACUAGCGCUGGGGAGCUUGGGGCCAUGUGGGUGGCUGUUGGACCCCAGUGCCCAUUGGCUUUGGGCCAUUCUGCAGCUGAUUGGAGUUUGGAGUCCAGCAGCAGGGCAGGGGUGUAGCUCUGGCAGGGGAGUAGGGAUUGGCAUGGACCUGAACUGGAAGCCAAUCACAUCUAAGCAAUUGGGAGGUGGGGGAAGGCUUGGCUUGUGACAAAUGAGGGCAUGAACAUGAGCAGAGCGCCUAGGCCACACUGCUGAGUAGAGUGGUCACCAGUGGCUGGAGCGGCAAUUGGAGGGACUAUGUGAAGAGCAGGCUGUUCCGCGGAGGCCAAGCCAAGUUCUGCAACUCAGUUUCCCCAAGCGGUUCCAGAUGCUCCUGUCUUGGUAGGGGGUAUGUGUGUGUGUGUGGGGGGGUUGUCUGGGUGUGUUUCCAGGCUCCUACUAAGCCACAGGCAGCCAUAUCUAAAGUUGGGGCAAGGCUUUCCCACAGUCCUUUCUGUUAUGCCUCCCCCCACAACCCAGUUGCCUCUUGCCUUUCAAGACCCACCGCUCCCCAGAACAUUCUUGUCCAGGGGUUGCAAGCAAGCUUUCCAUUGACUGGCCAUAGAAAAGCCUGGGUUCCCAGAGCCUGUGGCAACACUGUUGGAAAAGGAAUGUUAUCUCCACAGAGGAACCCCACUCCCAAACUGGCCAAAGUUCCCCCUCCCCACCCCUUCAUUAUGCAAUGCCACUUUGUGUUGAGAAUGUUUAUCUUAAGCAGCAGAGAUGAGCUGGGAGCAAUCCUGUGAAAGUGGUGUUGCAGGUGUCAUGCUGAUGACUCUGCAGGCUUCCAGAGUGCCCUGCUCAACUUAAUCCAAAGCACAUUGGGCAAAGCUUGUGAGUUGAGGGGGUGCUAUGGGUGCUAACACUGCUCUCUCUCUCUCUCAAUCUAUUUUACUGAAAAAGUUUAAAUCCCUAAAUGACCGUCUUCCUUUUCUGAUCUGCAGUGCCCAUCCACAGCCUGACUUGUUUUUUGUUUUCAGCUCAAACCUUCCAGGUGCAGGAGUGGGUGGGUGGGUGAUGGGUGCCCCUUCCCCUCCCCCCCGGAAAAUCUUAUCUCCUAAACUUGGCUCAGGCUGACUCGUCUUCUCCCUCCCACUUUCCACCAGGCCAAGUGCCCAUCUGGAACUAUACGCUGGGAACAAGAUUAAACUAAGGCCUCAUUAAUUCUUUGUCUUUGCAGGCUGGUGGGGAUGCUUUGGGUAGAAAAGUGACCAGUUCUUGGUCUUUUGGGUUUAUUAUUUUUUUAGGGGGGAGGGGAAGCAAAGGGUGCGUGGGGAGCACAGCUGGGUAUUGUGUUCUUCAAGGGUGCAAGCAGGUCAGGAACACUGACUCUUUAGUGGGUAGAGCAGUCAGCUGUGGUGGGGAUUUGUGCAGAAGACCUCUGCUUCCACUUGCCCGCUCUCUGGCCCAAGUCUUGCCAUUCUGAAUGGAGGUCUCCUGAGGACCUGCUGAUUUGAGAUGGUCUGUGACUGUGUGUGCUUAUUCUCCCUCCGUGAUGGCUUGUGUUUUGUUGGCAAUUAAACACAGAGUGAACAAUUGAUUGAAUGGAUUCUGAGAGGAUGCAGCAGUCCAUGGAUGUGUCACCUUUGCAGACUUUGACGGAAGGAGCUGGUUUAAAAUGGGUCUUUUCUGCUAGCAUUUAAUGUCCACUGAAGGGGGGGGGGAGUCACCUCUGCCCCCAGUCCUGGGGAGUCCUGGGUCUCUACACAGAAGGAGACCUCUAUCCAGCCUUGUUUGAGUUGCCAGGUCAAUCUAUCCAAUCUCUUGUGUUUUGCUGUCCUUCCCAUCUUGCUACCAAGUCCCUUCUUGCCAAGAAUAUGCAACCCCUCUUGGGCUUUAUGUGGAAUUUGAUUCCUUCUUUUGCUUCUCCCAGGGAAGGCUAGCUCAGUGGCCCCCAAACUUGGGGGAGGGCACUCCCCUUGAUUCUAUAAACUCGUCUCCAGUGCCCCCUAUGCCACCCUAGAAAAAGCACGUCUUGCUAUGGAAGACAAUAGCAUUGCAAAAUUCAAGGCUGUCACAAUUAAUUGCAUGUUUAUUCAAAAUCUAAUUAAAAUUAUUUUGUUUAAUUAAUUCAACAAAACUGAUGAACUUGAGCCAGUGAUACCAACUUCUCAAAGUCUGAUAGUUAUCCAGUGUCUCCCACCUGCCACCCCCCUGCAGAUUAGCACCCCCAGGUAAUCCCACUAUCCCCUAGGGGGCACUUUCACCCACUUUGGGAACCACUGGGCUAGCUGCUCAUGUGUGUGGCUGACAGUACCACCCCCUAGGAAUGUUGGUGACCAUUGUGUGAUACUCCACAAACUCAACAUAAUGGCUGGAGAAGCACUGCAGACACUGGGAUGCAGACUUCAGCUGUGGCUCCAGGCUGCCUCCCCCACACUCAUACAGCUGCCCACACUGUACAACAUGGUUGUCAUCCUAGUAGGGAGCCCUUUGGAGGUGGCAGCAAGGAGAGCUCAGUGACAAUGAUUUUGUGGGAGGGGGGAAAGACCCCACCCCAGGAUUUUCCAGUCUAGGUUCUUGUUCAUUUAUAUGCCUUCUCCCCUUCAGCAAAGUGGUUCUCCAGCCCCACUGUUGUCUGGACAAUCAUACUGCCCCAAUGGAAGGAGGAAUGUUUCCUUUCGUAGGUGGAAGAAAUUGCAAUAUUUAUUGUGAACUCAUAAGCAUCUUGCUUGCUUGCCCAUUUCCUUCACAGAAGGCAAGAUCAACUGCGUCCCUCUUGCUUCCCACAUCCCAGGCUGCUUGCUUGAGCAAUGUCAGGUGAAAGGGAAAUUAAGCUUUCUGUUACAGGGAACUAAUGAUCAGCCAUGUGACACUGAGGGGAGCCUCUUUUGUGGAAAAGGCUCCUAGCCUCAGGAAAAGACGUUUGGAAUCCAUUUCAGUUCGCUGUGGUGAAGAUCCUUAGUCAUUCUGAUACACAUCUCCCCUAUUUUUUAUUUGUUUUAAUCCAAAAUUCAGUCUUAUAUAUACAGUACUUUUAUGCAGAGGUUUAAAAUGCAUUUUAUUUGUCUCCCCCCUGCCCCCGUGGACUAACUCAGCAAAUUCUGUUUUGUUCAUGUAAUCACCUCCUUUUUGUCUGCUGUGGAAUAAGCAAGGCAAUCCCUCUUAUGACUAAUCCUAAGCAUUUUUAAAGGUCCAACAGGGUACUGGAUGCAAUACACCACAUGCAAGAUGUUUGCAAGUAGCUUCUAGUCUUUUACAUCAGGCAGACAAGGCUGGGAUUUUGCUGCGGUAUGUUUAGGUGGUGUGGGCAGCUCAAGGACAUGCCCUGGCCCCCACCCCAACAGCUGCAUUCCAUGGUCACAAUAUUGCUUGCAGUGUUGAAGAGAGAACUCUGGAGUGCCGCUUUUAGAGCAUUCCCCCACACUGUCUUCAGGAACAUUGCACAGAAUUUGCAACUGCGCAGACAUUGCAUUGAAGUUUGCCUCAUGGGUCAUGCACAAUUUCAUCGCCUCCCGCAAGAAUACCUAUGUGCCAGUGCAGAUCUUGUUAUGUAUAUUGAGGGGAACAAAACAAAACCAGGUUUUAAUUUGCAGACUUUUGAACUAUGCAGGGUUAUUGAUCAAGCAGGCUAAGGAUCCUGUGUGAUUCUAAACUUUGCUAGCAAAGCCAAAUUUCCUUCCAUCUCCCGUCAUUUGUAUGGUUUCUUUUCUGAGACCAGAUAUGCCAAGCAGUAUGGGGACAUGCCUUCCUGCGCCUUCUGGGGUUGAGAGCUGGGAAUGGAACCUCAGGGUUUGGGGAGAGCGUACCUUUUCAGUGGGCAAAAUAGGGAGAGGUGGCUAUCUUGCUUUCCCAGAGGGUAGUUGAGGGUUACAUCUGGGGACUAAGAGCCAUGACAGCAGAUUCUGCGGUUUGAUCUGGCGUUGUGUAUAGGUGUUUACGCUAAUCUUUAAAUCCCCAGAUGACUUAUUCCCCAAAUAUAUGAGAGGCCACCUCCUUUCCUACAGAUUCCCUUGGGAAUUAAGAUGCGCAGAGAGGGCUCUCCUGGCAGUUCCACUGCCCUCAGAAGCUCCAGGGGGCUGGUGCCCAGGAGAGGGUCUUCUCUGCGGCAGGUCCUAAGUUGCAGAACCCCCUCCCCACAGAAGGUGUCUGGCACAUUCACUGUAGAGUCUUGUUUUGUUUUGUUUCUGGAAUGUUGAAGCCUCAUCUCUUCACUUUGUCAUUUGACAUCUGAGGGGUCCGUGCGCGUGUUUGGGAUCCACCCUGCUCCUGGCACUGUGAUCUUUUUAAACUGUUCUUAAUUCUAAAUUGUUGUAAGCCAAUUUGGGACAUGCUUGUGCAGGACGAGUAAUCAAUUUAAUAUUUGUUGUUGUUGUUUUGUUGUUGUUGAUGAUGAUAUGUUAUUUCUUUUGUCCUUCAUAACUACAUUAUCAAAUGAUGUUUUUCCAUAGGAGUCCAUGAGAAGAGGGCGGCUGCCAGUCAUGUACCUUUGCUUUAAUAUAUUUGGGGAAUGGAAGCCAAGCGUCAGAAAAGUUGCCCUUCAUUUUCUGAUAGGAUGUGUUCUUUCUUAUGGGGGGGGGGGAGUUAUCCAGUGGGCCUUUGCCUGCAGCAGUAGACACCAACCACUGAAACCCUCCCCAGACUGGCCAUUCCUUGCAAACCAGCUGUUCUGCAUGCAUUCCAACGCCUUUCCAUAUCAUUAAUGAGCAUUAGGCCACUUAAGGCAGAGCAUGCAUGACUGAGAUUACUGCAGAUCUGUUGCAGCGUUUAACUUUCUGGGAAUCCUGGUGUAAUCAGUAGAUUUUAAGCAGGAUAAAUAAUUUGCAUUUGAUAUAAGGUUGUGUGUUGGUUUGGACCCUUGUUGGAAGUACACAGGAUCUGUGAUGAUGGACAAUUUCAAAAGCAGAUGCGUUUUGACAGCUGGAUCAAUAAUUCACAUUCUAAUGCUCUCAGGAUAGAUAUUUAUCUGAUGCACCCGCCUUUUUUCUUAGUCAUUUCAUAGAGUGGAUAAAGAAUUGUCAAGGGAGAGCAUAAAAUGAAGCUUCCUGAGAACCCCUCUUAUUUCAACAUACCUGAAAAAGCUAGUUUAUGGGAAAUUGAUAAGCACUGAUAAUACAUGUUAAUGACAGAAUAUCCAAACAACCAGAUGCACUGCUAAAUUUUCUCUGAGUGUUUGCUAUUUUUAAAUAGGAACUUUUUGUGCUUCGUUCUUGGAAGGUGUAGAUGCAUUUUUUAUGUAAAAAACAAAAACAAAAACACCUUUAAUAUGCAUGCAUAUUAUGCUUGCUGUGCAAAUUGUAGCUCCAUUUGUUAAUUAUUGUAAAGUUCCUUUGCCUCUUUGUGGAAGCUUCAUUAGUGAAUUUUUGUAGCCAUAAGAGGGAGUCUUGAUCUAAAUUGUUUCUAGUAAACACAUGGGGAGGGGGGAGGGGAGAGGAAACAACAGAUUCCUUCAAGGGAGUUUGAUUUAUUUUUUUUAAUGGAGUGCAAAUGUGGAUAGUUACUUGCAGCUUCUGUUUGGUCUUUGGUAUAAGUCAAACCUCCUUGGAAUUCUUCCCUGCCCGCUCACCCCCAACUUUAUAUCAAAUUAUAUCUGGAAUUUGCUGUCAGGUGUACACAGCCUCUCUCCAUCUACCCUCCCCUCUUUAAACGGUGUUUUAUUUAAGGGUCUCUUUUGUGCUCUGUGAGCUGAGUUUGGUGGGAAGAAUACCGAGGGCCUGAAUGUGUUUUUCCCGCCCCCUCUUGAAGGUUAAGUGGACGUGGCGGGCUGUGGGUCUGCAGCUGCACAAUGCAGAGUGACAGUGCUUUAAAACAUUUUUUUGCAAAGUUGUUCUCAUGCUGUCUGGAAAUGCGGAGAGGAAGGGGGGGGACAGAGAUGCCUUUUCUGCUUUUGCAGAUGAGAAAAGAGAGAGCCACCUGUCACUGCAAAAGUGCAGGUGAGGGUUCUUGUAGCCCUAUAAGUGUAUGGAGAAGAAAGAGAGGAGGGACUGAAAGGGCUUGAUAAUACUUGCCCUGGCCUUGCUUCUUCAGUAGCUAUGAUGACUCGCUCUCCUCCCCCCCCUACCCCGUCCUUGUUUCCUCCCAGCUUUGAGCUGCAAUGAGAAUGACGGGGACCACCUGGACCGAGACCAGCAAUACCCCAGCAACCAGAAAACGAAGCGCAUGAGGACAUCGUUCAAACACCACCAAUUGCGGACAAUGAAGUCUUAUUUUGCUAUUAACCACAAUCCAGAUGCCAAGGACUUGAAACAGCUUGCUCAGAAAACAGGCUUGACCAAGAGGGUUCUCCAGGUAAGAGAGGAUGUGGGGUCUUCUGUGUCAUCUCGAGGUGCAUAGGAGGUUCGAAUCUGCUAUGGUGCAAGUUUGGUAACUUCUCUUCAAAACCUCUGAAGGGUUUGCAGAAAUUGUGCAGUCCGGCUAAGAUUCCUGGCAUCAUCCGUUCCUUAAGCACAGGCAGGUUGAACAAGCCAUUUUGAUAUACUCCUAUAUAUGGGGAGUGAGCUCCCAUUCAUGGGUUUAUGGGUAUGGGCUCCCAAAGUGAAGCCCCUGUGACUCACAACAAUUCUGUGCCCUUGUGAAUGCCUUUUGUUGUAGCUGAGAGAUUAAAGAUGUGUCCUGUGUUUGCCUGAUGCGUGAACUGCGGUGCUUUUGGAGUCUUGCAAGAGGUAGAAGCCACAGCUGAGAAAAUAAUACUUUGUAGGUUCUGGCAAUACUAACCCCUGUGUGUGCUCUGUGCUGAUGCUUGUCUGCCUACUGCCAUUGUGAUGCUUGCUUUUCCAAAACGUAGCUGUGGUGCACCAUUAGGAGAAUGUUCCCAAGGCAAACUGGGUUGUGCCUGCACUGUCUUGCACUUGGGGGGGGGGGGGUCGACAGCAAUGCCUCAGAGGAGAAAGGAUAUUUAGUUAGGGCACUGCCGGCUUAUUUGCAGGAUCCUUUGGCACUGCCUCUUUGAGGCUGCAGCUUCUGGCUUUUGCCAGCUGACCCCAUCAUUUCAAAAAUGCUGUCAACCGCCUGCCCCCAAUGAUCUCAGUCUUCCCUGAUGCAUCAGCAGAAAUGUGUGCUGCAUGUAUGGUGCACUUACAUGCAAGAUUUGGAAAGGCAGGACUUUCCAUAUUGUUGGCCUCAGUGCAUGUAAUCUGGUGUCCUGCCGAUGUUUUGGGUGACAGCUGCCAUCAAAGCAAUAGAGGCAGCUGCUUUAUACUGAGUUAAGUCACUGGUCCAUCUAUCUCAGUAUUGAGAUACCUACACUGACUGGUAGCAGCUCUACCAGGGCUUCAGGCAGCAUCCUUUCCCCACUUUCCCCUUGAGAUGCCAGGAAUUUAACUUGGGAUGCCCUACCCAGUGAGCCAUGGUCCUUCACAUCAGUCUCAGCCAUCAUGGCCAAUGGGCAGGAGUCAUGGGACCUGUAGUCUACGAAUGGGUAGAGGGCACCAGAGUGGCAGAAGCUGGCCUAGACUCAGUGAUGUUGAGGAGGGUCAGCACAUCGGAUCCAGCCAUGGGGGCAGGAAUAAUGAUGACAUUUGCCAAAGCAGCUGAUGGAUUACAUCCUCCUUGAACAGGCAAGUAGGUGAAGUGAUAAUGAGGCUUUCAAGUUUUGCUAUUGCUUGUGAUAUAUUAGCGUAGAGGAAGUCAUGAUAAAACCAACUUAGUAUUAUAUGAUGCUCAUCCAAUCUCAAUAAAUUGAGCCUUAUGUAUUGUGCUACCGUUGCUUGGUGACCAGUAACCCUACUUGGAGGUGUGGCUGUGAGGACUGUCCUGAUGAGCUCUUGCACCUCAGAAAAUAACCACUAACUCACUGCAUGAGUUGAAUUGCUCCCGCCUCUCAUACAGAAAAAGCACAAACUGAUUUGGCCUUCUUGUGUGUUGCUUCUGCCGAACAUGAGUGGGAAACUUUGUGUUUAUGUCUAAUAUUUUGUUUACCAGCUUGCUGUUAGGCUCAAAGUUGAUCAGGAUCCUUUCCUGUGUCUCUCUGGGUGGUUUGCUGUAGAUCAGCAAGGCGUUUCCAAUUCCCAAUGGUCUAACUAUGGCAAUAGAGACUGCCUGCUCAUGAGGCGAAGUGAGGCAACCGCCCUGGACAGCCGGACCCAGAGGAGCGGCUGAUCUGACCUCUGAGGAUCACAAUGCCCACUGUUGCUGCCAUGGUAGCAGCGACAACAUAUGCCAAAUCUGCCCCCUCCACAGCAGCAAAUAGGAUGUGAUGCUGGUCUUCUCCCACCCCUGGAGAGGAAGUGGCAAGGGCUGCCCUCUGGGGUCUCCUGGGGUCUUUGCCCACCUGGUGUGAUUCAGAUCAGGCCCCUUUCCCACUGUGACGGCCCUUGACUCCCAGUUCAGACUGCUGGGUAAGGCUGCUUUGAUCCUUGCUGCCCUGUUCCCAACACAGAUCUUCACUCACUCCUUCUUCCUGGAUGAGAGGGGGCAUUUUGUGGUUUGCCUCAGGCACCGAAAUGUCUUAGGCCUGUAUAGCAACAACCAAUAAACUUACCUUCUCUAUAAAUUAGACUUAGGCCUGUAUAGCAACAACCAAUAAACUUACCUUCUCUAUAAAUUAGACUGCUGGGUUGAAAACUGGGAGUGGAUUGUUGUGUGAAAGGACCCGUGGAAUUGGUUUUGUUACUGAUUGCGAAUUCCUGGACUGACCAUGUGUACGCACAGAGACAACCUGCUCCUCAAUUCCUUGCGUAGGUCCACCCAGCUGAAGAACUCUUAUUCCUCUGGCUGCAGUUGGUCGGUAGCAGCAGAGUUUCAGUGUAAAACAAAACAAACAAAACAAAACAAGAUUGGACAAGCCUGAAGCCCUCUCACCCCUGUUGUAGUGGGUGCUGAGCUACUGCUAAUCUAGCUCUCUGUUUUCAGAGUCAACCAGUGGUGCUAUUUUACUCUACAGAAGGUUAAAGUUUCAAGACUUCCUGGGGAGGUGAAAUUUUGAAGAUUUUUAUGUAGAAGUUGAGUGGCCACCUGUCACGGAUGCUUUAGUUGAGAUGCCUGCAUUGCAGGGGGUUGGACCAGAUGACCCCCAGGGUCCUUUCUAACCCUACAAUCCCUUCCCCAACACCAUCACCUGACGCUGUGAUCUAAACCACUGAGCCUCUUGAGCAGGUUGGCGGUUCGAAUCCCCGCGACGGGGUGAGCUCCUGUUGCUCUGCCCCAGCUCCUGCCAAACUAGCAGUUCGAAAACACACCAGUGCAAGUAGAUAAAUAGGUACCGCUGAGGCGGGAAGGUAAACAGUGUUUCCAUGUGCUCUGGUACUUGUUACAGUGUCCUGUUGUGCCAGAAGCAGUUUAGUCCUGCUGGCCACAUGACCCGGAAAGCUGUCUGAGGACAAACGCCAGCUCCCUUGACCUGAAAGCGAGAUGAGCACCGCAACCCCAUAGACUGGACUUAACCUUUACCUCUCUCUCUACACACACACACACACACACACAUACACAGAAGCAAUGUGUAAAUUUUAUUAGAUUUCCUCUGAAAAGGGCAAAUCUGAAUUAAAUUGGGUAGAAAUGCAGGAUGUUUGCAUGUUUCUGGACACUGCAAAAGCCUUGCAGGCAUUAGCCGCACCAAUUUCAUAGCGAACACCUGCCUGGAAGCACUCAAAAGGGAUAGCGAGGUAAUAGAGGAUGGGACCCUGAACACCACCUGCUCAUUUAUGAAAUAAAAUAUCACACUUCCAGAAACAGAUUCUGCUUAGUCAACCUGCUUUGGUGCAUCAGUUUUCCAGAUGAAUUGUGACUGCCUUAUCCUGGAGUCCAAAGUCUGAAUUUGCUGCCUGGGUGGAUGUCCAGGGCACCCCACUCUUGCAGGAAUGAGCAGAGGGUGUAAAUGCAGCAAGGCUGGCUGACUGCAUUUCGAAGUAAGUGAAGUCGUAUGCAUCGGAAAAGGAGGACUAGUAAGACCACUAAUUCCGAAGUCUAAAAUUAAUUAACUGGCUUGUCAUCCUGAGCAAGCACAAGGUGCCUGGAGGAACACAGGAAACUGCCACAGGACCCAAACUCUCGGGGUGGAGAUCCCUUUGCCGCCCUGCCCCCCAUAAAAUACUUAAGCCCCCCGACGCAGUUGAUGGGCAUUGCCAUUCAGAUGGGGUGUGUGUGUUGUGCCGUGUGAUUGAUUGUCUGGGGGCAGGGCUUACCUGCCUCCCCAAUAUUUUAUUCAGGUUGGCACCCCUGGAAGCUGCCUUGCACCAAGUGAGGCCUGCUGAUGUAAUGAGCUCAGGGUACCACACAGUCUCUCCUUGCCAGGCGAUGAACCUGGGACCUUCUGCGGGCCAGCUGAGCUCUUCUGCCGCUGAGCUGCAUCCCUUCUGCAGGCAGAAAAGUGAACAGAAGUCACUGUGGCAGAUGUGCAGGCUAUGUUUUAAUGGCAACCAUCCACAAGAGUAGAUGAAUUUAGGAAUUUUGUGCUAAGGAGAUCAGUUAAUAAGUAAGAGGAAUUUAGACAUGGAGAGGCACGGCUUGCAGGGAGGUUGAGCUGAAAAAAUGUAAGAGCAUUGCAAUACCAUAUACAGCUCUAUAAUGGGCGGAAUUCAGUUUCCAUCAUUUACCAAACCCUCCCCAAGUUGUCAAACAGGGAUGGUACAAAGAAAGGCAAGCGUGCACCUGAAAAUUAUGGAUACUUUGCCUAUGGGACUGUUCUAAUCUUCUACCAACUAGCUAUUCAGAGGCUCAGCCUCCAGGAAUUUAGGUAACUAUUUUAAAAGCCAUUCAUGUUAGUGGUUAUCCUGUGGCGAUGAGUUCCACAAGUCAGUUUUGUAUGAGAUGUGAGGAGUAGAUUUGGACCCAACUUGUAUGUGUGCAUCUGGCUUUGGUGUGGGGGGGGGGGCAAGAGUAAGGAAAGUCACCUGUGUAGAACAGGAAAUCCUGUCUCUUGGGUUUGGAGACUCUCUCUGUCCUAUUCCCACCAGUUUGCCUACUGGAUGAUCCCAUCUCUGCACUGAAGCCAGCUCUGGCAUUGGGGCAGCCUAACUGCCUCCUGCCCCCUAGGCCUAAUUUGCCAUCACAUGAGGCCCUUUUGCAAAGGGAUUGUGGUGCUUAGGCUGCAUUAUAUUUAGAAAAAUUAUAAACUGGAAAAACCCUAAAUAUCUCCAAGCAGUGUACAAGUCCAAAUGUAUAUAAAAUGUGACUGACUCCCCACGAACCAAUUAAAAACGAAUUACAUAAAGUAUCAUUAAAAAUAAAGGUAAAAUCAAUAAAGCAAACAUUAGCUAUGUCCUCGCUUUUGACACCACCUUGACGGGCACCUGCCAGAGAGGCUGGUCUUAACCUUUGCCCUCCAGAAUUCUCCCUCUCCUUUUCUCUACCGUCUGUGAUGAUGGCUGUCACUGUGUGCUGGAAAGCUCUGCUGGGAGUGCUGGAAACAGUUCAGUCUGCAAGCCCUUUCCAAGGGACAUGGUGGUUUAGGUUGCAUCAUCUUAGUUUUAUUUAUUCGUUUAGAAAAUUUAUAAAACUGCAUGCUCGAAAGUAAAUAAGUAAAUCUCCAAGCAGUGUGCAAGCCCAGGUGUAUACACAGCCUGCACUGGGGACUCUGCCAUCUAUAUUGCCUCGCUGUCUUCCAUAGUGUUGAUGUUGCCAGGUAUGGGAAGCAGGUUCUGGGGUGUUGAGUUCAAGUGACCCAUCACCACAAAAGAAUUAAGUCCUGCUAGAAGUUUCCUUUUGGCUGAUAUGCAAAAAUAUGCGACCACCUCACUUGCUUAUGGUUGAUAUCACUUACGUAGAGGGUUUUUUUUUGGGGGGGGGAUGAUGUGUUUUAUUUGUUUUCUAGAAUUUGAGGUGUGCAAGUUAAAAAGGAAUUCCUGCUUCUGAUGAUUUACUGCUUCCUGUAAUCCUUCCUGUAUUCCUGGAGAGCAGCUGCUGCCAGUCUGUGUUGGGAAUACUGGUUUAUCAGUGUUUUGGACUCCACUAUUUCUGUGCCCCCCAGCCAGUUUUCUGCACCAGCCUGGGUGUGUAUAAAGAAGUAGAGGCAGCCAAGUUCCUGAACACGUGCAGAGUGCCUUUGUUUCAUGAGUGAGCCCAGUAGACCCACUGGAGGAGGUCAGGGACCUCCUGAUCCACAGACUUGUGUGUUUUUAGAAGCAGCUGCUGAAUUCUCUCUCCUGAGGGUGCGACCAUGGAAGAGAGAAAGACAGGAUACAGAUAACAUGCUGAUAUGUUUAGAUUAAGCUUGUAAAGUUGAUACAGAUAACAAAUUAAUAGUUAAAUAACAAUAAUAAAGAUGAGAGUUACAAAUUGCAAUAUACAUAAGGAUAUAAGAAAUGACGAACAUGGGUGGAGGGAAGUCACGCAGGUGUAAUAUUUAUGUUUGUAUUUGUGUAGUGCAUUUGUAUUGUCGAUAUUUGAAUGGUUGUAUUUGUAAUGUUGUGUGUGCAUUAUUAAUAAAAAAAUAAAAUUAAAAAAGGAAGAAAGACAGGAAAGGGCAGCAUUUUGCCCAGUGGGAUAAAAACUGGGUUGGCUUCAGCCAGGCCAGGCCAGUAGCACAGUGGAGCAGGGACAUGACAGAGCACCUUAUUUAUUCCACAGCAGGGGUGUGCAUUUGCCAAUGCUUGCAUGCCAAGUAAGAGAGAGAGAAAUCCACCCAACUAACUGUGUGGAAAGAGAGGUGGGUUGCAUAUAUUAGCAAGGGUUAAAGCAAGCAAAUAAAAGUGGCAAAGUCCUUUCAACAGGGACCAACCAGAAUGCCCACAAUAUGGCGAGCAAGGUUCUGAGUCCAACAAAAUUCUUCAUCAGGUUAGAUGCUAAGCAAAGUGCUGUGUGUGUGUGUGUGAGAGAGAGAGAGAGAGAUUGAAUAACUUCUGCACUUAGAAGGGGCAUUAUCACUACGGCAUAGGCUUUCGUGGGCUAGUGGCCUGCUCCUCAGAUGCAUGCAGUGCCAUUUUCACCUGUUAGAGGCAUAUACUCAUAGGGAUGUUAGAAACAGAAAACAUUAGCUGUGAGGUGAGGGGGAAAUGAAAUGCAAAAAAACCGAUAACUGGGUUAAACUGAAAACAUAUGUAAAAUAGUUACCGUGGCCAUUCAUGAAGUGGCACUGACGAUAACGCAAAUAUUGGUUGAUUGACUCCCCUCCUGCAGUAGGGUUAAAUCCUGUACUUUCUGGUGAGUUUUCCACUGGGAGUUUCUGUGGGAAGUUCCUUUGCUCAGAAAUGACUUCAUAAAGAUCCUGUGUGGUUGACACAUCCUGCUGGUUUCUGGGUAUUACCCUCUCUGGUAUCAGAUGUGUCUCCAUUUAUUCUUUGGUGUGGAGAGUGUGACCAGAUUGUCCUGUGUGGAAUUUGGAAGGGAACUUCUGGCAGAUGGUGGCGCAAAGUGCCUGGAAGAUCCUGAUACGUAGAGAAAAAGAAAGAUGCAAACAUAACAAAUCCAUACACUUGAAUUCAUUUACACUGACAUUUUAGGGGAUCAGGGGUGUGUGUGUUGCAAUCGAUUCUGUAGCACUGGGUACAGAAAGUAUAUUUACAGUUGUCUAUUAAUGUAUACACUGCACAGUAUUCAGAACUUGAAUUGCCUUGGCAUAGAAUUAUGUUUUGUACGUAAAGGAAACUCAGUCAUGGUUUAGGGCAGUGGUUUAAUGGGAAGACUCAUAAACCCUUGUCCAAACCAGUCAGGGUGAAUAUGCAUUGUUUUAUAACCACUUCACUAAAAAAUUGAAAAGAUGCUCAACAAAGACCAGGCAUAGUCCGACUUCCACAGAAAUUUUGUUCAAGCCAACCAGGAUGAAAGCUCAAUAAACAGGUCAUCUGGAUGAACCAGACAAAUGGAUCAAAGUGUUCUGAAAUCCGUUCUACAAAUCUUAGCAUUAAAAACAACAACAAUUGCCACUUUCAUGCUGCGUGGGAGACAUGAAACUGACUUAGACUGAUUGAGACUCCUAGUUCAUCUUGGCUCUGACUGGCAGCAGCUGCCUCCACCAUACCUCCUGCUGCUUAGAUGCUUUCUGUUUGGAGGUACCAGGGAAUCAACCUGGCGCCUUCUGAAUGCAAAGCAGAUCCUCUGCUGCUGAGCCAUGGCCCUGUGAAGACCCCAUUCCAGCAAGAAGCAUCUAAUGAUUGCAUUAAAGCGGUUUCUCUACUGCCUUUCCACUUCCUGCAGAAGUGCUCAAGGGGACUGACACACUGGAGCCUAACGACAGUCAGACCAUGAUGAAACAAUUAACUAAAAGGCAACAAGCAGUUCCCCGAGAAGCCGCAAAACAUGUGAAGGACCCAAGCUUUAUUUUAUUUUUAAAUUGCAUUUUCAUCCCACCUCCCCCCGCAAAGCUCACAUUGUCUUACAAUGGUUCUCCUCCCCUCCCCCUUAUCAUGUAAUCACCAAAACAACUGUGUGGCAGGUUAGGGUGAGGGACAGUAACUGGCCCAAGGUCACCCAAAGUGAGCUUCAUGGCUGAGUUGGGGGGGGAUUUGAACCCUGAGCUCCCAGGUCCUAGGUAAAGGUGAAGGGAUCCCUGACCAUUAGGUCCAGUCGUGGCCGACUCUGGGGUUGCGGCGCUCAUCUUGCUUUACUGGCUGAGGGAGCUGGCGUACAACUUCCGGGUCAUGUGGCCAGCAUGACUAAGCCGCUUCUGGCAAACCAGAGCAGCACACGGAAACGCCGUUUACCUUCCCGCUGGAGCGGUACCUAUUUAUCUACUUGCACUUUGACGUGCUUUCGAACUGCUAGGUUGGCAGGAGCAGGGAUCGAGCAACGGGAGCUCAGCCCGUCGCGGGGAUUCGAACCGCUGACCUUCUGAUUGGCAGUCCUAGGCUUUGUGGUUUAACCCACAGCACCACCCGUGUCCCUCCUAGGUCCUAGUCCAGCACUAUAACCACUGGCUCUCAAGAAAAGUGGCAACAGUGAGGUAUCUAACACUAGGCAUGGAAUUCUUUGUUUACUUAACGGAGGCAGGGGUUGUUGUUGAAGGGUAAUACUGGGAGGCAACAAUUUUGGGGUCUUGAUGGUGCAAACCUCUCAUUGAUAGCCUAGGAAGCACACCCCCCCCCGGGUCCAUGCUGGACAGCAAACCAAAGGGUAUUUGCCCAGCCCUGCCUGCAGAUGACAGGGAUCUAACCUGCGGCCUCCUGUGUUCAAGGCAGCAGCUCAGGGCUACAAGGUUGAUCAGGGUUGAGAGAGUCUUCUGUGGGGAGACUGCUGGCCUUCAGCCUUUCCAGACUAUGAGAGAGACCCAGGUAAUACAGCAGCCAGCCUUGGGGUGAAAGGCCUCUGUGGUUAUUUUAAAUAAGAACGUACAAAUCUUUGAAAAUAUUCACAUCUGGCAGGUUUGCAAAUGAUGAAGAGUUUGCUUUGUGCUUUUUGCUUGGGAUCAAUUGGGUCUUGGAGCAUGUUGACAAUGGCUAUCAGAGGCAGGUCGUAAUUGUUUUGGGAUUUUUCAGCAGGAAAGCCUGGGAACGUUUUGGCUAGAGGCUCCAUGGCUGCUUCGGCCCUUAAGGGGGGCUGGGCUCUGAUUGGUCCAUUUUGGAGGCAUGCGGGUCUCCCUGACAAACAAGGCAAUAAAGCCGCCAGUAAUCAGAUGUCCUUGCAAUAUCUUAAGUAGAGCCGGCUGCAUCUGGGCAGAGCCCUAUCCAGUCCUACAUUGUGUUCUCACAGUGACCAAAGAGGCGCCUCUGGGAAACCGAAAGGAGGACCUGAGAGCAAGGUCACUCUUCCUCUCCUGUGCCAGUUUCCAGCAGCUGGUAUUCAGAAGCACGGCUGCUUCCGGCUGCGGAGGCAGAGCAGAGCCACCAUGGCCAAAAGCCCUUGAUAGCAAGUCCAUUGUGCACCUAGGGUCACCUUUAGCAAAAAGGACACGGCAGCACAGUCAUCCCUCAGGCUGAAGUAGCUUCAGGUUGAGAGCUUUCGGGUUGCGCGCUGCGGCAACCCAGAAGUAACGGAAUGUGUUACUUCCGGGUUUCACCGCUCGUGCAUGCCCAGACGGUCAAAAUGGCGUCAUGCGCAUGUGCGGAAGCGGUGAAUCGCGACCCGCGCACGUGCAGAUGCACAGUCGUGGGUUGCAUUUGCUUCAGGAUGCGAACGGGGCUCCGGAACGGAUACCGUUCACAUCCUGAGGUACCACUGUAUAGAGCUGAACAUGAAGGAGGAAAGGAUAACCGGAAGGAUCAGGAAUUGGAACGCCUUCCUUGCGUGGAGAGGCUCAGCACCAGAUCACAGAAUUGUCAAGUGGGAAGGAAUCCCCAAGAGACAUUUAACCCCAACACGCAGGAAUCACAGAUAAAUAAUCCCUCACAGGGUAGCCAUCCAAUCUCUGCUUUAAAAUCUCCAGUGCAAGAGAGUCCUCCACCUUUGGGAAACUGUUUAGUUUAGAGGGGGGAGGCAAUUAAAGGGGAAGCGUAUUUGAACUGUAAGGUUAUGCUUCGCUUCCUCUCUCAAAGGAACAUAAGAAGAACUCCGGUUGGGUCAACAGAAGGUCUGUCUAGUCCAGCAUCCUGUUCUCUCACUGGACCACCAGACAGGGCCGGCCCACCCCACCCAUGAAGCAUGGUCCACAGGGGCAGCAGAACUGUCCUCUAAGGCAGGCACGUCCAGCUCCCAAGAGACUGUGAUCUACUCCCAGUAUUAAAAAACUGGCAGUGAUCUACCCAUUGGAGGGAGGAGGAGCGUGCGUGGGGUGGGUGGAUUGCCCAGAGUUGUUGAGCUUUCCCCCCAUAACUUUUUCUACACGAUAAGGAUCCCACGAUCUACCAGGAUCAGCUGGGGAUCUACUGGUAGAUUGCAAUCUACUGGUUGGACAUCCCUGCUCUAAGGGAGACAUCCUUGUGUGUCAUGCUGCUGUUAAGGCCAGGAGCAGCACCAGGCAACAAAGUUAAGCCUAAAAAUUACAAGAUUUGGGGCAAACAUUUCACCAAAUGUCUUUAUGUAGUUCAUUGAGAAAAUUAAUGUAAAUAAACAAAUUGUCCCCGCAAACAACAGAGCCUUUGAUUCCAAGCGUCAUAAGAAUGUCCUGUUAUUGCUCAGCAGAUAAGUGCAGCAAAGAAGUAAGAAUUUAAAUGCAAAUCAUACUGCAAAACAAAAUAUACUAAAUCUCCCCCCCCAAAAAGUUUAUUUCAAGAUGUUAUUUAUUCACUUUUUUAUUAGCUUCUUCUAUAUCCUACUUUAUUCCGUCAUGGAACCCAAGGCAGUGUACAGGUGUGGCUUCCAGGUGACCACCCAACCCAGGCACUGACCACCUCUGGACCUUCUCAGCUUUAGCAAGGUGAUGGUUUUAGGUAGCUUCAGACCAUCACCUGGGGAUGACUUCCUGGACCUGAGCUUUCAGCCUUGCCUUUACCUGAAAUGUUCUUUGGGCAGUGAUAGGCAUAUGUCUCUGUGGUGUUCCUAAGCGGAGCAGGGAGGCCUUCUCAGUGGAUAUUCUUUGGAUGCUGAAUUGUAUAUUAUUUGGACACCGGCCAGAGUUUGCAAGGGGUGCAUGGCAAAAUGUGUAGUCAGAUGGGGCAGAAUGUGUUUACAAUUUCAGGAUAGUGGGUGCUGUGGCUUAUUCCUUCAUUCUCUCCUGUUUUGCUUCCUUGCUUCUUGUCUAGAAAGAAAGACAGGAUACACAUAUGAAAUAAUAAACCAAUUACACCACCAAGGCAAUUAUUUUCUCUUCAAGGAUUUCUGUUUCGUACAAUUCUGUGGUGUCCACUCUUUCAUAUAUUUCCCAGUGAAGAUGCAUAUUGCUUUGUGAACGGAAAGGAGAUUUCAGGGGGCCAAAAGUUGUUCUGUAUCUCCCCCACCCCUGGACAGUAUUAAGGAUUUAAGCCUCUGAUAGUUUGUGACUCCAGAAUUGUAUGGGGAGUUUUUCUGAAAUAAUGAUAUGUUGGUCUCAAUUCAUAAUCCCCUGAGUUGGUGAGGCUCCUUUGACAACAAGAAACCGAGCCAUUAGAAUCACUGGCCCAGUCCUGUGGAAUUGCUCUGCCGACAGAGAUUUGGCAGGCGUCUUCUGCUCCAACCUUUUAAAUGCCUGCAGAAAACUUUAACAUUCUGUUGGGCUUAUGCACGUAAUGAAGAAUAUAUAUUUGCAUAAUAGUUAGCUGAUUUUGGAUUUUAAAAACGCUAUUAGGUUUUUAUUGCAUGGUUUUACAUAUAAUUGUUGUAAUCUGUUCUGAUAUGUUUUAUGAAUAGCACUAUAUACUUCAUAGAUAUGUAAAUAAAUGUUGUUUUUCGUUGUUGCUUUUUAAAAAUGCAAGCCAAUGCCCCUUUAGGAGUUGCUUCUGCCCACCAGUGUGCGGUGGAUGAGGUGCAGCUUCUGUAGCCAUUCAUGUUUGCACAUCAUGUGAACAAUGACACCCUCAUCAUAAUGCUGUCGUGUGUUAUUUCCCCCAUUCAAUCUGGACCUACCCGGGGGGGCUUCAGGCUUUCAAUAUUUGGAGGAGAGUAGCAAAUGCAAACUGGAAAUUUUAGGUUUGUGGAUUUUAAGUGUUUAUCCCAGUGAAGCAAACUCACCGCUAACAAAAUAAUAAUAAUUCAUGGACUUUGUGAGGGGGAGUGCAUUGAAAAAAGUGGAAUGCAAGAAUGACUAAAGAUAAAGCAUGUUAAAAAAUCCUGCCAGCAAAUCAGGCAGAAGCUCAUUGUCCCAUAAUUGCCUCAUAAACAAAACAGAAUGAGCACUCAGUAGAGCCUGGACCCCCUGAUCUAACCGCCAUGUGAACCUUGUGCAAGCAAAAGUCUGGAGGAGCCCUGUUUCUGCAGAACACCCCAUAAAUCAAAAAGCUGUGGCACUAGUAGCCCGGAUUAAUAUUUGUCAGGAAUUGGGAUAUGGGACGGCACUUUGACACUGCAUAAAGCUUUAACGUGUGAGUGGUCCUGAGUCUGCCAUGAACUGCCAUGUGCAACUGUCUCCAGAUCCCCUCACUGUCCUGCCCAUUCUGUGCUGCUGCUCCUUGCCAGAGGUGAUGUCCGUCACUGUUAAAUGUUCAAGAUUUCUAAGGGACACUUGCAGCUGUUGUCUCUUCUACUGCACUCCUUCUCUGCAGAGGGAAGGGGAGUAUAAUUCUCACAAAUAUUCGGGCAUUCACAGUGUAGAAAAGGGGGGGUGCUCAAGAGAGCCUCUCCAUCUCCUUUUCUGGUCUCACUGCUGCAUAACAGCUCUGCAAUGCAUUCCUGUCACCACCACACUCUUUAGGGGGACAUCUAGGGAUGUCCAAUUAAAAAUUAGAUGUAGGGAUUCUGGAUCUGUGAGCCUUGCCUCUCCAUCCAAUGUCUUGCAAUUUACUCUGAGUGCAAGGCCAGCGUUCCAUCUCUGCUUCUCCAUGAGAAUAGAAAAAACAACAACCUGGCUUUAUGCACUCUGAUCUUAGAACAUUGAAUGUGUGGAUUUCCAUACUCCCGGAGCUUGCAUUUUACACAGACUUUGCUAGUCUAACUGUGAAUUUUAUUAAGCACAAAAGGAAGCAGGGGAAACAGGCAAAAGGUCAAGAGAGAUUACAAAUUAAACCAGAGCACUGUGGUUCUAAAAUGUGACAAAUCUUGCCCUGUUCACCAACAAUACAGUAUUUCUGGUCUACUUAUACCUAGGCAGCGAGUGAGUCCUCAGAAAAACUUUUGAUAAAGUCCUUCACAAUAAGCAAAACUAGCAGUCAUGAGAUAUGAGGAUCAGAAACUGAGGCUAUAUAACUUAUUCGUAAAUGCUCUGUCCAGGGGCAUUCGGCUGCUGCCUUUAUUACACACCUUUAGGUGUCAGGCAAAAAGUUCCCCUUCAACCAGGUCUUUGGCUGAUUAAUAUCCUACUUUUAAAUGGGUUUGCGGAAAGAGGUAUGUGUGGGGGUACUGUUUUGUUUUUUUCUUGAUUUUUUUUUAAAUAUUGUAUUUAAAUCUUGUAUUUUUAUGUUGUGAAAUCUACCCUGAGAUAUAUGGAUGAAGGGUGGCAUGCUUAACAAACAAACAAACAAACAAACAAAGAAACAAACAAUUAAAUAACCAACCAAUCAAUCUGGAGUCAGGGGUGGCCAAGGCUGUGGAUGACUCAAAAAUUAUUUAGGAUUGCGAAAUCCUUUACUGGAUGGUGAGGCUCUCCAAAUAGAUGUCUCCAUACUGGGAAUAUUGCAAAUGAGGAUGAAUAGGGGUAGCUAACUUGUAGCCCUCCAGAUGUUCGUGAACCUUGACUUCCAUGGAGAUGUAGGCCAACAACGAAUCCAAAAUGCGGCAGUUAGACUGGUGACUGGGAGCGGCCGCCGAGACCAUAUAACACCGGUCUUGAAAGACCUACACUGGCUCCCAGUACGUUUCCAAGCACAAUUCAAAGUGUUGGUGCUGACCUUUAAAGCCCUAAAGGGCCUCGGUCCAGUAUAUCUGAAGGAGCAUCUCCACCCCCAUCGUUCUGCCUGGACACUGAGGUCCAGCUCUGAGGGCCUUCUGGUGGUUCCCCCAUUGUGAGAAGCAAAGCUACAGGGAACCAGGCAGAGGGCCUUCUCGGUAGUGGCACCCGCCCUGUGGAAUGCCCUCCUACCAAUGUCAAAGAGAAGAACAACUACCUGACUUUUAGAAGACAUCUGAAGGCAGCCCUGUUUAGGGAAGCUUUUAAUGUUUAAUAGGUUAUUGUAUUUUAGUGUUCUGUUGGAAGCCACCCAGAGUGACUGGGGAAACCCAGCCAGAUGGGCGGGGUAUAAAUAAUAAUAAAUUAUUAUUAUUAUUAUUAUUAUUAUUAUUAUUAUUAUUAUUAUUAACAACAUCUGGAGGACUUUGAAUUUCUCACCUCUGGGCAUUGAGAGAAGUUUUAAAAAGUUGAUGGGGUGGGAAUAAAUCACGAUAGAAAUUUAUAAAAUGACAUAUGAUAUGAGGAAAGUUAACAGAGAAGGUUCUCCAUCCCCCACCCCAUUUCCCCCAUAAUGCAAGAACUCAGGAUCACCCAAUGAAAUAGUUUGUGUAUGGAAUUUGCUCUUGCAGAAUAUUGCAAAAUGGCAGCUGCUAUCUCCUCGUUUCCACUGCAAGCCGGGUGGAAUGAACUCCAGGUCCCAAGUGCGCCACCUAGCUUGUCAUGCCAGUCUGCACAAAGAUUCGGUCAGCUGACCCCACCUCUGGACCAAUCCUGGUUCCCCUUGACCUAUAAAACCCUUUCCUCUCUGAGAUGAUUCUUCCAGCCUCCUGCGCCCUCUGCUUGGGUGUUGGCUUCCAUCCUGACCUUUGUCUGCCUCUGGCCCUCAGAAGCUUUUAUCCUGCUCUGAAUCUUGACCCAGCCCUCAUCCUGCCUUGUGCUGGACCCAGGGCCAGAUUUAGGUUUGGUGAGGCCCUCAGCUACUGAAGGUAAUGGGGCCUUUAGAUGUCCAGCUGUCCUUUGCCAACAACAAUUGCCGCUGCUUUUUGUGUUGAAUAUAUUCUAUAUGGUAAUUUAUGGACCAAAUAGGUAUCUAAAGCCAUUUUUAAAAAUCUUAUAUUUUGGAAAUGUACAUCCAGGUUUUUUUCCCUUUAAUUUUUUUGGGGGCCCCCAAGAGGGUGGGGCCCUAAGCUACAGCUUGUUUAGCUUAUACGUAAAUCUGGCACUGGCUGGACCACAUGCUCACAUCUAUCCCAUCCUGAGGCCUGACACUGUGUAAAAUGGGCUGCAGGAGAGACAGACCUUGGAACUGAUCUGGUACAGCCACUUCUGUUUAUGCCUGUGGGAUAGCUCAACUGGUAGAACAUGAGACUCAUGGGUCAUGGGUUCGAGCUCCAGGUAGGACGGAAAGAUUCCUGCAUCGCAGGGGGUUGCGCUAGAUGACCCUUGCGCUCCCUUCCAAUUUUAUGAUUCUGUGAUUGACAUACGGUGAGAGCCAGUGUGGUGCAGUGGUAAGAAUGUUGGACUGGGGAGAGUGAGACCCAGGUUCAAAUCUCUACUCACUGGGUGACCUUGGGUCAGUCCUGCUCUCUCAGCCUAACCUACCUCAUAGGGUUGUUGUGAAGAUAAAUUGGGGAGAGGGAGGAACUGUGUAUGCCACUUUGAGCUCCCUGAAGGAAAAGUGAGAUAUAAAGAUAAUUAUAAAAUAGAACAACAGCCUGGCUGCUGGAGGAGUUUAGUUCAGCGUCCUGUUCCUUACUUACUGUGGCCAGCUAUGCAAAGCAUGAAGGCCGGGCGCGAGUGCGAGAGCACUGGACUCUCUUGUGCCUCCUGGCAAGUUGCAUCCCUCUGGUACUGGAGCCAGCACACAGCCAUCGUGAUUGGUAGCCGUGGGUAGUUACUGCUGGCGGCCACCCCUUUCUCCUGUGGGAGGGAGUUCCCCAGUCUAAACUGUGUACUGCAUGAAAAGUCUUGAAUCUUCCAUCAUUCAGCUGGAUUGGAUGUCCCCAACUUCUGGUGCUAUGAGAGGGGUAGGAAAAGGUUUCUCCGCGUUGUGUGUAAUUUUAUGCACUUCCGUCAUUGCCCCUCUUCCUUGCUUUUUCUCGAAACUAAAAGCCUCAUGCUGACCUUUUCUGAAUCUUUUCAAACUCUGCAGUUUCCUUUCUGAGGCAAGCUGACCAGAACUGAACAAAAGCUGUUUGUAUAAAGGCAUUAUGAUAUCGGCAGUUUAGUUUUCAGACCCUUUCCUGACGACCCCUAGCAUGGAAUCUGCCUUUUCCACAGCUGCUGCACAUUAGGUCAAAAUAUUCAUCGGGCUAGUGGGGGUUUUCUUGCUGUGGCAGCAAAAACAGCACCUUAAAGACUUAACAGAAUUAUUUUGGAAUAGGUUUUUGUGGCCUAAUACCCGCAUGAUCAGGUACAUGGAUAUGCUUGGAAACUUUGUAGGGCCUGGUGAGAAACUCUGUGCGCUGUUGAAGUAACCUGGUGUUCAUUUUACUAGUUCAGGAAGGCUUUGUGCUGGCGGUUGAUGCUCUAGGGGAGUUGUUGUGUCAGUGGUGAAGCCUGGUAGACUUGCAUCGGAGCUGGAGGCUCCACCGCUUAGUUUUUAUUAUUAAUUCUUUCAUUUGCAGAUUUGACAAAGAAAGGAAGAGAAAUAAGAAACUUAUAAUACUACUACUAAUAAUACUGAUGCUGAUGUAUGUUUUAAUCUUCAAGUUUAUUGCUGAUUUUAUUUUAUUUUUUGGAAAUUUUAAAGAGCUGACUUUCCUGAUGAUUUUAUUGUUCUUUUUGUAAAUUGUUAGGUGAUUUUUUACAAUCACAUGGAGUAAAUUGAAUGAUGAUGAUGAUAAUAAUAAUAAUAAUAAUAAUAAUAAUAUAUGGAUAAUACUAACUUAAACAACAACAAAAAAAGCCACCAUCAGUUCACGUUACGGAUACAGUAACCACAAGUGCAUGCAUCUUAAAUUCAAUAUUAAUGCAGUUAGUUCCUCAGAUCAUUGUGUAAUAGAAGAUGGACACCUGUCCUUCCAGGCUCAAAGUAUAACUCACAACCAUAAGGGCUUGCAAAGUCCACACUUAUUGUCUUGCUGAUAAUCCCCAUAAGUACAGGAAUAUAAUUUAAAAGUGUACACCUGCAAUUAUCAAGGGUUUUGCCAAUGCAAAAUUGGCAAAUACAACAACCUCAGGCCAGAAGGAAUGCGUCAUGUGCCUGCGCUUUCUCACCAUUACACUUCCAACAUCUGUCUAUAUUGGACACAGCCUUCUUAAACAAACAUUGUGGCUCCACCCCUGCCUGGUUCUCAGCCAGGUCUUGUUUCAGGCAGGUCCUUGCCCCCUCCCCCAAGAAGCCUCUGGCCGGGCACUUUGCCAGCAGCCCUGACACUCUGCCUUGGCUUGCAGCCUCUUUUCUUCCUAUGGUCCUGGGGUGACAAACUGGUGCAUGGGUGUCUCACAGCUGGCCAUGAAUCCAGGCAUCAAGACCUCUGGUCCUGGGCCAGGGAUGUCAGGAUCCAACAGUUCCUCCAGUUUUGCGGACAGUAUGGCUGGAGGGAGAUCUGCUGAGGGGUCCUGGUCCCCUUGGUCUUCUGAGUGGAGGUCUAAGCAGGGCUGGAUCCUGACCUUUGCUCCAAGCUCGCAGCACCCUAUUCUGGGCACCUGCAGGGAUGGCGCUACAGCAGGUGAGGGGGCAGGUCAGCAGCUCUUUUCAUUGGCAAGCCAAAACAGGGCCUUGGAGGCUCUGGCACCAGGAACCCACUGCCAGAGCACCCUGUUUGAGACCUCCCAGCGCUUUACCAAUGCUCUUCACUGCAGAUCAUUCCAGGCCUGUCCAGUGGCGUAGUGUGUGCGGUGGGGGGACACUGGGGUGGUUCCACGAGAUGCAAAAUAUGUAGGGGUGCAAGUUGGGCAACAAGUGCAUCCCCACCUCCAAGCCUCAGCCACGCCUGGAGCGACCUGCCUUUCGUCCCCGACUGCUGAAGAAGGAAAUGUCAGCAUCCUUCCUUUGAGCUCAAGAGAAGAGGCGGCUGUGAGUGAGUAAGCCCCACGUUUGGCAGCUGAAGCUUUAAACAGGGUCAUUCCCGCCAUAGGCCAGCUGGAGAAGCUCUCUCACUAUUCGCAGGGACCAGGCAAGCCUUGCACUCUAGCUGAGGUCAGUCCCUGGGCUGGACGCAGCAUCUUCGGGGGAAGGAGAGACGUUGGCCUCUCAGCCCCUGCAGGCACCUCCAAAAAGUGCAUUGGGGGAGAUUGUGUUUCAGAUUGUCUAGGGCUCCAGAGAGGCUUGGAUCGGGGCUCCUCUGAAUGCCCCUGCCAAGUCUGAAGGCGCAGAACAACGUAGAGUUUCUCAUUAUGGUACCAGGGUAGCGCUUUGUCUAUUGUAGAAGUGUUUGCUACAUUCCAAGGCAUUUGGUUUCUGGGCAGGGGCAUAGCCAAGAUUUUUCUUGGGGGGGGCAGGCCUUUUGUUAGGGGGGGGGGUGCUCAGCAUUUUUAUUGAUUUAGGUGGGGGCAGCUGCCCCUGCCUGCCCCCCUGGCUACACCCAUGUUUCAGGCCAGGAAAAGAUGAGAGUGAUCGCCUUUUGUCCACCGCACUAGGAAUGCGUGUCAUUUUUUGCCACCACCCUAAUAAGAGAGCUUUUGCCUACGGGCCUGUGAGCUGCCCACUUUGCCACUCACCUGCUUACCGUGGCAUCUCAUCACAUGAUGGGAUUUCCCUCAGCGUGCUUAAGCACCAUCAGGGUUUAGUAGAACAUCUCAGUAACAGUAUUGUUACUUGAAGGUGGGACUCUGUCCUGCAGCCGUCCUUUGUGCCUUAAGACAGUUGCCCCACCAACUGGGGAUGAAAUGCUUUGGGGGUAUAUUGCUGCAGAAGUAGUAAUUUAUUACUGUCCAGGCGCUGGGCAUUCUGUUCCCACUGCUAAUGCUGUGACUGAUAGCUGUAGAAUAUGCAGCAGGUUUAGCAAUCAAAAUAGGAAUCUUCUUCCUUGAGGAUAACAGGCUGUGGCUUCAUUUCAGCCGUUGAAUAAAUAUUUUGUUCAUUGUGGGUUUGUAAUUGAGGCUAACCAGAUCUCAUUUAGAAGCAUAUUAAUGGUGUUUUGCUGUUGGAUAUGUGCCAGUUUUGGUUGAUAGAUUCUUGCUGUGGUAGUUAAAGGCCCUCUAUUUCAGGUGCCUGGAUAGCUUUCACAGGUAUGAGGAAACAGAAGAGAGGACACUUUUGGGGUAUGCAAAUACAUCUGUGCCCAAAGUGGUUCUGCAAGAGUCCAGUGGAGCUCUGUUGUGCUGUCACACUCUCAACAGCAGCUUCUGCAGAAAAAAGGCAGCGGUGAGGCAGGAUUGUGUGGAAGGACCAGGCUGGGUCUGCUGGUGCAUCUGUGAGGCCCCAGCUUUGCCCCUGCUGUGGUAAUUGGCAUAAGGCAGGAAUUACAAAAUGUACAAUACAGAUGACUAUGCUUUACCAGCGAUUUGCUUUCCUGCAAAUCCAGACAUUGUUGGAUACAGAAAAAGAUGAUUUUAUCAUUGAACAAAUUCAGCACACAUGUGCUAAGUAUGCAGAGUUGAAUGCUGCAGCUAUGAUUGCUGAAAUAAUAAUAAUAAUAAUAAUAAUAAUAAUAAUAAUAAUAAUAUUUUAUUUAUACCAGUGGUUUCCCCAGCCACUCUGGGCGGCUCCCAGCAGAACAGUAAAAGCAUGAUAAAACAUCAAACAUUAAAAACUUUCCUAAAUUGCCUUUGGCACCAUAUUGUCUUGUAUAAGGAUAAUUGCUAACUGGACAGCUUUAGAUUUACUUUAGUGGGUGUAAAAGUGAAAGCUUGACUAACUUUGUUGUGACAUUAAGAAUCUUUUUAACUAUCACUGUUACAACGGCCAGUUGUUAAAGAAGUUCCUCAAAACUUAAUCAAAACGUGUCAGAGAUCUACAAUGAGCCAAGAAAGACUGAGUAACAUAGCAAUACUGUCAAUUGAGAGAGAUUUCAAUGUAGAUUUCAAUACCAGUAUUUAAAAAUCUGCAAAAAUUAAAAGCAGGUGAUUCUAAAUCACUUUUAAUAUACUAGCAUUUAACGCAUUUUACUUCAAUAACAUCCGUAUUUUCUUAAAAUGCAAUACAUGUGCUGGGGGGGGGGGGUAAAGGGUUCAAUACUGGACUGGAGGGAGGCAGUCAAGGAGUGCCAGUGGUCCCUGGGUUAGGGGGCUCAAUACUUGCCUUGCCCUGGGUGCUAGCAACCCACACUAUGCCACUGUGUCAGAACUUUUGAAAAACUGAUCCAGCUACUCUUGUCUGCUUGAAAAAACCUUCCACCCCAGCUUUAUUGAUGAACACAAUUAUGAUUAAGUGGUCAGAGUCAUGUCCAGAAGUUCUCACUGAAUGGAAUGGGGCUUUUGUGAGCUCAGAGCUACUGCGUGAAGAGCUGCUUGGAGCCAGAACUCCUUGGGAACUUAGGGCCUGGAGACGGAAAGGACUGACAGACUGACAGCUCUUUCUUGAUUCUGUGGCUGGUGCUGUGUGGCUGCUCUUAGUUGGCGAAGCAAUUUGUCAUGCUAAUUCUGCUAAUGGCGUCACAUCCAGUUAUGUCCAAACUGCCUCCCUAGAGAAGCCAGACUGGCUCCCUCCUUGCCGUCCUUCCACCGGAGACUGAAGACUGCUUUAUUCUGACAGGCCUUUCAGAACCGACUGCCUUUUAAGGAAAUGGCUUUAAAUAGUGCCGUGCUGUUUUUAUUAUCUGUAUUUCAAUAAUUUUUUUUUAUUGUUUUAAUUCUGUUAGAGUUUAAACACUUUUUGAUAGUUAUCAUUUAUAUGUUUUUAGCUUUUUGUAUUUUGUCUGUGUUGUUUUUAAUUUGCAUAAGCAGCCAUGAGCCCUGGUCUGGGGAAAAGGUGGGAUAUUUGUAAUAAAAAUUAAUGCAACCCUUGAGCAGCCGAAAUCCAACUUUUUCCUGACCUGCCAGGAAGCGUCCAGGAUGCCGAAGUAUCUGGGUUUUGGGAGGGUGAGGAAGUGAGUAAGUUUACAAAGCUGAAACUUACAUGGAACCAGCAGGAAUGGAGCCUCUGGCUUAGUUUGACCCAACACCACUUAGGGUUGGUUCACAAGUUCAUCACUUGAAAUUUUGGUCAACAAGAACUGGGCCUCCAUAAGGGGAUAAUAACAACAAUAAUAAUAAUUCUAGUAUUUAUACCCUGCCCAUUUGACUUAGUGGCUCCCGCUGCUCUAGGCGGCUUCCAGGACAAAUAAAAGCACAAUAAAACAUCAAACAUUAAAAACUUCCCUAUACAGAAGUUUAUUUCCUUGACAUUGACAUGGGAGGGCAUUCCACAGGGAGGGCAGCGCUGCAGAGAAGACCUUCUGCCUGUUUCCCUGUAACUUCACUUCUUGCAAUGUGGGAAUUGCGCAGCUGGACCUCAGUGUCCGGGCAGAACGAUGGGGGUGGAGAUGCUCCUUCAGGUCUACUGGUCCAAGGCCGUUUAGGGCUUUCAAGGUCAGCACCAACCCUUUGAAUUGUGCUUGGAAACGUACUGGGAGCCAGUGUAGGUCUUUCAGGACCGGUGUUAUGUGGUCUCGGCGGCUGCCCCCAGUCACCAGUCUAGCUGCCUCAUUCUGGAUUAGUUGUAGUUUCCUGGUCACCUUCAAAGGUAGCCCAAUGUAGGGUAAUGCUGAGCUAAAUAAUAUUUAUUCUAUGUCUCGUCUUUAGUGCAGUUCUUUGUGCUACAUGGAAGACUGUAUAUGAAAGACUGCAUUCUCUCAUAAGAAGUGGCCUGUUUUCUGAGAUCUUCAGGGAGGUCCUUCUCUCACUCCUGCCACCCUCGCAGGCAUGCUUUGGGGGUGACAUGGUAUAGGACCUUCUCGGUGGCUGCCCCCGACCUUGGAAAUCCUUCCCUAGAGAAGCCAGAUUGGCUCCCUCCUUGCUGUCCUUCCGCCAGGAAGUGAAGACUGUUUCAUUUUAACAGGCUUUUGGGAACUGACUGCUUUAAUGAAAGGGCUGGUGCUGUGCUGUUUUUAUUGCAAUUAUUUCUAUAGUUUUAAUAGAUUUUAUGUAUGUAUGUAGUUCUAACCAUUUUUACUUUUUUUUAACAAUUUCAUUAAACAGUUUCAUUUUUUUUAAUAAAUAUUUUUUAUUAGAUUUUCCAUAAAAAAAACAUUUUUACAAAAUUAUACAUCCAUUUUUAACUUAAACCCUUUUUUCCAGAACUUCCCUCAGCUUGUCUGAUAAUUUUCCGUUUAUUUUUUAUCCUCGUCCCACAUUUCCCAAUAUUAUAUUGCACUCAAAUACUCUUAAUCACAUCAUGUUUUUAAAACAAUAUUUCUAACAGUAAUUUCACAGAGCUUCUUGAAAGCCAACGAACGUUAUUUGCUCAUCACAGAAAUUUUUGAUAUACUCUGUAAAUUUCUUCCAGUCCUCGGAGAAUCUCUGGUCACGUUUCAUUUUUAUCUGUAAGCUACCUUGAGUCCCAUCAGGGAAAGAGAUGUGGUAACAACAACAACAACAACAACAACAACAUGGACUGCUAGAAGGAGCCCAUUGGAGGACUAAGAAGGGGGAAUCUAAGUAUUCUUCCCAAUCAAACGAUUGUAAUUUUUCAGAAAUGAAAUGGGUGUUGGAUAUGUUCCUGCCAUAAACACAUCUUUAUCAGCCUGACGUGUGUGUGUGCGGGGGGGGGGGGAUGUUUUACCCCCAUAAAGCUUUGCAUGAUUUCCCCUACAAGUCGUUAAUCAGGGUGACUAGCACAUCUCUCUUUGUCUUCCUUCCACAAAGUGGGCCACAUCCAGGCCAGGAACCCAGGAACCCAGACCUCCCCUAUUGUUUUGUUUCUUACUUUAAGGCUGACUCGGAAGAGGCAGAGUUGUGAAUGAACAGAACACCCCCAGGAUUGUGUACCUUGGGCAGCCAAAUGUGAAAGUCUUUUCCCAGCUUCCUUUUCCUUCCCUCUGAUAAAUAAGCAACUUACUCGUUUUAAAACAUGACUUCCUUGAAGCCUGCAUGUACCAUAAAUCUAAAAAUAAUAAGAAUAGUAGAAAUAACACAUGACCUCAAUAUUUCAAGGACUGCCUCUCUCUAUACGAACCUCCCUGAACCCUGUGAUGGUCGCCUGAAGCCUUCUUCACGUGCCUCCUCCAUGAGAGGUCUAGAGGGGGACAAUACAAGAACGAUCCUUUUCUGUGGUGGCUCCCUGUUUAUGGGAUGCUCUUCCCAAGAAGAACCGCCUGGCUGCAUUAUUAUACUCCCUUAGGCACCACAGGUUUUUCUCCAGCCAGGCCUUUGGCUGACCAACAUCCUAUAUCCUUUGAAAUGGGUUUGUGGGAGGUAGGGGUUAUGGGUUUGUUCUGUUCUUUUUCUCCUUUUCAUGUAUUUUCUGUUUUCAUCUUGUGUUUUUAUGCUGUGAACCCCCUGGAGAUCUUUGGAUGAAGGGUGGUAUAUCCACAUUUCAUUUUUUUAAAAGGCCUGAAGCAUGAGGCUUAAGAGACUUCUGAGCCUGUCUUGUGCUCUCUGCUUGAAUAUGUGAUUGUUGUCAGCGAAGGCAAGAGAUUAUUUAUUACGUAGAGCAUUUGUUCUGGGCCCUUCAGCCAAAAAGGCUCCCAGAGUGGCUUACAUGAAAUCAAAACAAGACACUCCCUAUCCGCAGGCUUACAUUCGAAUAAACAAACAAACAAAAACACAACACACAAGGGGGAAGGGGCAAGGGGGAAGAGGAAAGCCAAAACUGUUCUUGUGUUGAUCAGCUGGCAGGAGGUACCCGGUGGACCUUGGCCUCCCUCAAAGCAGGUGGAACGAGUCUCCUGCUUCGUAUCUCUCCCACUGAGGCAGCCUGACAGGGUGGCCGCCUCCAGGGGAGAGUCGUGGGGGGAGGAGGCGUGGUGGAGCUGAGCUGCCACGGCAGAACCGAUGGAGGCUGUUUGUACUAUGGAACUUGCUCCCACAGGAAGUGCUCAUGGCCUCUAGCCUGGAUGGCUUUAGAGAAGCAUUAGGGAAAUUCACGGAGGAGAGGGCUAUCCAUGAUGACUUCACUCUGCCUUCUCAACAGGAGCCAGCAAUGACUUCCCCACAGUGGGCAUCUGAUGGGCCACGGGGGGGAACAGAAUGCUGGACUAGAUGGGCCGUCGGCCUGAUCCGGCAGGCUCUUCUUGGGUACUUACGUUUCCUGGGAAACAUGGCUUUGGAUUUAAACACAAUAAUGAAAACCAAUCAAUCAAUAACAUGUUUUCUCCUGUGCAUCAAUGCGCUUAGACAAGGACACAAGCAGUUUUGGUCAGCCAGGUGAAACUGUGAGCACUUUUGUUCUUGAAUCACAAUGUGCAGUUUUCCCCACAGGGAGGCCAAGAUAUUUUCUCCUUCCAACUCGUACAAUCUUACUAUUUUUAUUAUAAUUAUUCUUAAUUUAUUAUUAUACAUACAGUUGCAAGGUGUUUGGGUGUCUCUGUCUUAAGUUCUGCUGAAGAGUAGACUGAUGGAAGUGAAUGGACCUAAGUUAGUCAUGCCCAUUUAAUUCAGUGGGUCUACUCUGGGUAAAAUGUAGUUGGAUACAACGUAUCAUUUUUCUGAGCUAUUUAUUUUUUAUUAAAAAUUCAUCCUGCCUUCCUGGCGUCCAUGCACUAUUCAGGAUGGCUUGUGACACUUCAAAACAAUUAAAAGGUAUUAAAAAUUAGGGUCUCGCCCCCCCAAAAUUAAAAUUACAUACAAUGUGGAGCAUUAGGGAUGCAUUUAAAAACUGACAGUGGAAAAGAUUAGAGGUAGAAAUGACCACCAGAGGUAAGAAUUAGCAGGCAAAAGUCUGCCCGUAUAAAAAUGUAUUUUCCAGCCAGCAAAAGAGAACCACGGAAGGGGCAAGUUGUUCCACAAUACCAUGUGCUUAACAAGAGCACAUGGUAGUGAAAUAUUACAAAUUGCAAGGAAUAAUAACUAUGAAUAUAUAUUUCAAUAUUUUAUUUCGUCUUGUUUUGAAAAUGCUUCAGUUGUUGUUCAAAAUAUCCAUUUCGCAUUGUAAAUGUAUAUUUUUCAUGCUUACCAAUUGGGGCUUUGAAAUGAAACCACCCACUGAUAGUCCCCCCCACCCUCUCUCUCUCCCCCUUCACCCCCACCCUCCUGUUGACUGGUUGUAGGUCUGGUUCCAAAAUGCACGUGCUAAAUUCAGACGGAACCUCUUACGCCAAGAGAACACAGGGGUGGACAAGACGUCUGACUCGACCCUCCAGGCCGGAACGCCCUCGGGCCCUGCCUCCGAAAUCUCCAACACCUCCAUGAGCCCGUCCAGCACCCCCACUACCUUAACGGACUUGACAAACCCCAGUAUGCCAUCAGUCACCUCGGUCUUGACCUCAGUGCCUGGGGGCUUGGAGGUCCACGAAUCUCGGAGCCCUUCACAGACAACGCUCACAAAUCUUUUCUGAUGACUCUCUCCCUUCCUUCAUCCCUCCCUUCUUCUUUUUUUCCUUUGAAAAAGAAAUUACUCUUAGUUGAGUUCCAAGCGUAUUUUUACUAGAGACUUUCUCACAGCUGGGCUAGCCACAGCGUAGGGUAUUUCUGAGGAGAAGGAGAACAGCAGCACGGUUCGGUCUGGUGUGACGGUCACAGGGCGGACGGAGGAUUCACUUGGAAGAGCAACUUGCCACACAACAUUUGUGUCAAUGUACAGUUUUGUGGACUGGGCGAGGGAAACAGCAAUUAAUUUAAGUUGGCUAAAGCUUCUGUAAUUUUCAAAGACUGCCAUGUGCCUUAUAUACUGUUCUCCCAUCCUUUGGAUCACACCCAUUCCCCCCACCCACGCCCAUCUCCCUUUUUCCUCUCUGUGUAUUUAUGACCAGGGCAAAGAACAAACAAACACAAAGAAGAAGAAGAAAAAAUAAAUGAAAAAAAAAUGUUAAUAAGAGUUUUGUUACUUUGAAUUAGUCCUAAGCCC